AUGGAUAUAAGCGCCGUUCAGGAGGGUGGUUCAGUUGAUAUAGGCGCCGUUCAGGAGGGUGGUUCAGUUGAUAUAGGCGCCAUUCAGGAGGGUGGUUUCAUGGAUAUAGGCGCCGUUCAGGAGGGUGGGUUAGUUGAUAUAGGCGCCGUUCAGGAGGGUGGUUUGGUUGAUAUAGGCGGCGUUCAGGAGGGUGGUUCAGUUGACAUAGGCGCCGUUCAGGAGGGUGGUUCAGUUGAUAUAGGCGCCGUUCAGGAGGGUGGUUUCAUGUACAUAGGCGCCGUUCAGAAGGGAGGUUUCAUGGAUAUAGGCGCCGUUCAGGAGCGUGGUUCAAUUGAUAUAGGCGCCGUUCAGGAGUGUGGUUUUGUUGAUAAAGGCGCCGUUCAGGAGGGUGGUUUCAUGGAUAUAGGCGCCGUUCAGGAGGGUGGUUUAGUUGAUAUAGGCGCCGUUCAGGAGGGUGGUUCAGUUGAUAUAGGCGCCGUUCAGGAGGGUGGUUUCAUGGAUAUAAACGCCGUUCAGGAGGGUGGUUCAGUUGAUAUAGGCGCCGUUCAGGAGGGUGGUUUCAAGGAUAUAGGCGCUGUUCAGGAAGGUGGUUCAGUUGAUAUAGGAGCCGUUCAGGAGGGUGGUUUCAAGGAUAUAGGCGCCGUUGAUAAGGGUGGUUCAGUUGAUAUAGGCGCCGUUCAGGAGGGUGGUUUCAUGGAUAUAGGCACAGUACAGGAGGGGGGUUUCAUGGAUAUAGGUGCGGUACAGGAGGGUGGUUCAGUUGAUAUAGGCGCCGUUCAGGAAGGUGGUUUCAUGGAUAUAGGCGACGUUCAGGGGGGUGGUUUCAUGGAUAUAGGCGCCGUUCAGGAGGGUGGUUUCAUGGAUAUAGGCGACGUACAGGAGGGUGGAUUAAUGGAUAUAGGCGCCGUUCAGGAAGGUAGUUUAAUGGAUAUAGGCGCCGUUCGGGAGGGUGCUUUAAUGGAUAUAGGCGUCGUUCGGGAGGGUGGUUUACUUGAUAUAGGCGCCGUUCAGGAGGGUGGUUCAGUUGAUAUACGCGCCGUUCAGGAGGGUGGAUUAGUUGAUAUUGGCGCAGUUCAGGAAGCUUGUCCAGUUGAUAUAGGCACCGUUCAGGAGGAAGGUUUAUUUGAUAUAGGCGAAUUUCAGGAGGGUGGUUUAGUUGAUAUAGGCGACGUUCAGGAGGGUGGUUCAGUUGAUAUAGGCCCCGUUCUGCAUGGUGGUUCAGUUGAUAUAGGCGCCGUUCAGGAGGGUGGUUUCAUGGAUAUAGGCACCGUUCAGGAGGGUGGUUUCAUGGAUAUAGGCGCCGUUCAGGAGGGUGGUUCAGUUGAUAUAGGCGCCGUUCAGGAAGGUGGUUUCAUGGAUAUAGGCGACGUUCAGGAGGGUGGUUUCAUGGAUAUAGGCGCCGUUCAGGAGGGUGGUUUCAUGGAUAUAGGCGACGUUCAGGAGGGGGGAUUAAUGGAUAUAGGCGCCGUUCAGGAAGGUAGUUUAAUGAAUAUAGGCGCCGUUCGGGAGGGUGGUGUAAUGGAUAUAGGCGUCGUUCGGGAGGGUGGUUUACUUGAUAUAGGCGUCGUUCAGGAGGGCGGUUCAGUUGAUAUACGCGCCGUUCAGGAGAAUGGUUUAGUUGAUAUAGGCGCCUUUCACGAGGAUGGUUUAUUUGAUAUAGUCGCCGUUCAGGAGGGUGGUUUAGUUGAUAUAGGCGCCGUUCAGGAAAGAGGUUUCAUGGAUGUAGGCGACGUUCAGGAGGGUGGAUUCAUGGAUAUAGGCGCCGUUCAGGAGGGUGGUUUCAUGGAUAUAGGUGCCGUUCAGGAUGGUGGCGCCGUUCAGGAGGGUGGUUCAGUUGAUAUAGGCGCCGUUCAGGAGGGUGGUUUAGUUGAUAUAGGCUCCGUUCAGGAGGGUGGUUUCAUGGAUAUAGGCGCCGUUCAGGAGGGUGGUUCAGUUGAUAUUGGCGCCGUUCAGGAGGGUGGUUUAGUUGAUAUAGGCGCCGUUCAGAAGGGUGGUUUUAUGGAUAUAGGCGCCGUUCAUGAGGGUGGUUCAGUUGAUAUAGGCGCCGUUCAGGAGGGUGGUUUCAUGAAUAUAGGCACCGUUCAGGAUGGUGGUUUCAUGGAUAUAGGCGCCGUUCAGGAGGGUGGUUCAGUUGAUAUAGGCGCCGUUCAGGAAGGUGGUUUCAUGGAUAUAGGCGACGUUCAGGAGGGUGGUUUCAUGGAUAUAGGCGCCGUUCAGGAGGGUGGUUUCAUGGAUAUAGUCGCCGUUCAUGAGGGUGGUUCAGUUGAUAUAGGCGCCGUUCAGGAGGGUGGUUUCAUGGAUAUAGGCGCCGUUCAAAAUUGUGGUUCAGUUGAUAUAGGCGCCGUUCAGGAGGGUGGUUUCAUCGAUAUAGGCACCGUUCAGGAGGGUGGUUUCAUGGAUAUAGGCGACGUUCAGGAGAGUGGAUUAAUGGAUAUAGGCGUCGUUCGGGAGGGUGGUUCAGUUGAUAUAGUCGCCGUUCAGGUGGGUGGUUUAGUUGAUAUAGGCGCCGUUCAGGAGGGUGGUUUACUUGAUAUAGGCGCCGUUCAGGAGGGUGGUUUAGUUGAUAUAGGCGCCGUUCAGGAGGGUCGUUCAGUUGAUAUAGGCGCCGUUCAAGAGGGUGGUUCAGUUGAUAUAUGCGCCGUUCAGGAGGGUGGUUUAGUUGAUAUAGGCGCCGUUCAGGAGGGUGGUUUCAUGGAUAUAGGAGCCGUUCGGGAGAGUGGUUCAGUUGAUAUAGUCACCGUUCAGGAGGGUGGUUUAGUUGAUAUAGGCGCCGUUCAGGAGGGUGGUUUACUUGAUAUAGGCGCCGUUCGGGAGGGUGGUUCAGUUGAUAUAGUCGCCGUUAAGGAGGGUGGUUUAGUUGAUAUUGGCGCCAUUCGGGACGUUGAUAUAGGCGCCGUUCAGGAGGGUGCUUUAGUUGAUAUAGGCGCUGUUCAGGAGGGUGGUUUAUUUGAUAUAGGCGCCGUUCAGGAGGGUGGUUCAGUUGAUAUAGUCGCCGUUCAGGAGGGUGGUUUAGUUGAUAUAGGCGCAAUUCAGGAGGGUGGUUUACUUGAUAUAGGCGCCGUUCAGGAGGGUGGUUUAGUCGAUAUAGGCGCCGUUCAGGAGGGUCGUUCAGUUGAUAUAGGCGCCGUUCAGGAGGGUGGUUUCAUGGAUACAGGCGCCGUUCAAGAGGGUGGUUUAGUUGAUAUUUGCGCCGUUCGGGACGGUGGAUUAAUGGAUAUAGGCGCCGUUCGGGAGGGUGGUUCAGUUGAUAUAGUCGCCGUUCAGGGAUAUGGGCGCCGUUCAGGAGGGUGGAUGGAGGCGCCGUUCAGGAGCGUGGUUGAUAUAGUCACCGUUCAGGAGGGUGGUUUAGUUGAUAUAGGCGCCGUUCAGGAGGGUGGUUUACUUGAUAUAGGCGCCGUUCGGGAGGGUGGUUUAGUUGAUAUAGUCGCCGUUCAGGAGGGUGGUUCAGUUGAUAUUGGCGCCAUUCAGGAGGGUGGCGCCGUUCAGGAGGGUGGUUUCAGGCGGAGGGGUGGUUCAGUUGAUAGUCGCCGUUCAGGCGGUGGUUCAGUUGAUAUAGGCGCCGUUCGGGAGGGUGGUUUCAUGGAUAUAGGCGCCGUUCAGGAGGGUGGUUUCAUGGAUAUAGGCGCCGUUCAGGAGGGUCGUUCAGUUGAUAUAGGCGCCGUUCAGGAGGGUGGUUUCAUGGAUAUAGGCGCCGUUCAAGGAGGGUGGUUUAUGGAUUAG